CAUUUUUCCAUGUUUGAAGUGAUAUCGAGUAGGGUCACGUCGAUCAAUACAAACUUUGUUCUGAUUGUUUGGGGAGAAACAACUCGCUUUUGAAUUCUGGCUCGUAGUUUCAUCUUGUGCGCUGCGACAGGCAGUGUUUUGAUGCUGCAUUCCCUGGAACCAGUGCACUAACGUGUUUAUUUUAGAUUGGCCAUGUCGUCCUAUGAUGACGAGUAUGGGAGCUAUAGCGUCGUUGGAUCAUUUCCCGGGGAGUAUGAUUAUGGUGGAGGUGAUGAUGACGUAAUGGCAGUAGCUGGAGGCAGUUCCUUCGAGAACAAGCCUAGAAUUAUGCUCAUGGGAUUAAGAAGAAGUGGCAAGUCAUCAAUUCAGAAGGUGGUGUUCCACAAGAUGUCGCCGAAUGAAACGCUGUUUCUGGAGAGCACCAGCAAGAUUGUCAAAGACGACAUUUCCAACAGUUCGUUCGUCCAGUUCCAGAUCUGGGACUUCCCUGGUCAGAUUGACUUCUUCGACCCGGCCUUCGACUCAGAGAUGAUUUUUGGAUCUUGCAAUGCACUAGUAUUUGUCAUUGAUGCCCAGGAUGACUACAUGGAUGCACUCGCAAAGCUGCAUCUUACUGUGUCAAAGGCCUAUCAGGUCAACCCCAAUAUCAAGUUUGAAGUAUUUAUUCACAAAGUGGAUGGCCUGACAGACGAUCAUCGGAUAGAAACCCAGCGUGACAUUCACCAGCGUGCAACAGAUGAGCUGUCAGAUUCUGGCUUGGACGCCAUUCACCUCAGCUUCUAUCUGACAAGUAUAUACGACCACUCCAUAUUUGAGGCAUUCAGUAAAGUCGUGCAGAAGCUCAUUCCACAGCUGCCAACUCUCGAGAACCUCCUCAACAUUCUAAUAUCGAACUCCGGAAUGGAGAAGGCUUUCCUGUUUGACGUUGUCAGCAAGAUCUAUGUAGCUACCGACAGUUCACCUGUUGACAUGCAGUCCUAUGAGCUAUGCUGUGACAUGAUUGACGUAGUCAUUGACGUGUCUUGCAUAUAUGGGAUACGAGAGGAUGAUGCGAGUGGUUCAGCGUACGACUCAGAGUCAGCUUCUAUCAUCAAGUUGAAUAACGGCACUAUCCUCUACCUGCGGGAGGUGAACAGAUUCCUGGCACUGGUUUGUAUUCUGCGGGAAGAUCACUUUGGCCGGCAAGGGCUCAUCGAUUACAACUUCCAUUGCUUCCGCGAGGCAAUCCAAGAAGUGUUUGAGGUACGUCGCCAGUCGCAAGCCAAGGCAAUUGCUGGAGCAUCUUGAGUGCCGGCACGCUGUAUGUUAUCUUACAAGCUUACCUGUUGCCACGGUGAAGAAACCAGUGUAUAGCUCACGAGCGCCAGGUAGCACUGUGUUGGUGAAGUCUUUAUUCUUUUUUAACAGUUGGUUUACCAGUAGUCUCUCUCUCUCUCUCUCUCUCUCUCUCUCUCUCUCUCUCUCUCUCUCUCUCUCUCUCUCCCCACACACGCACACUUUCCGAGGAAUGCCUUUGUAUUAUAGUGUUUAUUGCCCUCGAAGUCUCGACUAUGCUCUGCAUGUUCUGAAACUGAAAUGCUGCCGAUUCUCCCUUCCUCUACCCUCUAUGCUGGCUUAUUCUGUCAUACUUUUUCUCAUCAGCUCCAUGCAUCCUGUGGAUCCAGCGAAUAAUUGGAUGCCAGCCUUUGAUAGGGAGCUCAAUUACUAGUAGCCCCAUAUGGACCCCAUGAGCCCCUCGUAUACAAAUCUAGCAUGCACUGUGAUAAUUAUGUGGGCAUGUACUAAUGCCGUGUGCACAUAUUUGAUUUUUUUCGUCUUUCUUCCCAUUCCUCUCUCAUAAAACUUGCUCAUACGUUUGAUGACCGACAACAAUUGACAAUAUCUGUACAUAGAUGUUUUUGCUACUUGUAAGUACUUCAAGUAGUUUUGUAUAAUUAUGUAUUUUGCUUUAUUUUUAGUUUUACCACGUGCACGAGUUGGUUAGAUUUGCGUCCAGUUUGAACGAGAAUGGACACAAUGCAGAUUACGAGUUCUCUUCUUGUUCUUGCAGCGAUUUGGGAUGCCCCUAUCUUUCUUCUCGA